UUACAUGCCAGUGGCGUUUAGCGACACCACGAGGUAACUCCGAUAGAAGCAGCAAAAGCUUAUAAAUAUUAAUGUAAAUUGAUUUAUAUAACAUUUUAUUUUAUGUAGUCACCAAUUAAUUAUUAUCUGAACUUGGUGAUUUAGUUUUGUUUUGAGCCUCACACAAACGCUUGAUUUCACCUCAGCUGAAACUCUUCAAAAAAGUGCGGGAACCGUCGUCUCACGACUCCCAGCAUAAGUGCUUUUACACAUUUAACUUCAUUAUUGUGUUAUUUUGAGGGCUUACGAACAAAACAGACGACUUAAUACACCAAAGAAAUUCUCAUCUCUGAGCUGGGAUCGGCUGUGCCCUCAUCAAACUUACCUGAGGGCCUCCCGGUGUCCAGUUUGGCCCUGCUGAUCCUGGUGCUCAUUCCCUGCGUCCUUCUGCUCCUGCUGCUCAACUGCCUGCUCGUGGGAUACAAGCUGUUCCGCAUGACCCAGAGGAAGAGAGACCGCUGCGGGUCGGAAAUCUCGCUCAUGCACUCGUCGUUUUCCACCCGCCAGAGAGUCACCCGCUUCACUGAUGAGCCUCUGUUCGCUCCAAACAGAAAGACCAACUACGUCUCGGUCUCGGAGCCGAUGCUGGCGCCUCCCAUCACCUCGUCCCUGACCUCCUCAGCGGAGAGAAGGGCCACCGGGCAGCGCGCCAGGUUUCUACACCCGGAUGGGGCCACUUACGCCGGGUCCGAGUCACUGCGUGUGCCGAAGUGGAGGACGAGCGCCCCGGUUCUGCUGCAGUCCAGUGAUUCGGACACGGAGCGGGUCAACACGGUGCCACCGAACUCACCAGCACUGCAUGUGACUCCCAAUGGGUUCUCAAUGCGGAUGACUUCCAUGCGCAGAAGCAGCACCAUGGAGCUGGAGAGUGCUCCUCUGGAUAAGAUCCAUGUGGAAUACGAGUCCGCCAGCAUCAUCCAGCCGGAGAACUCCUGCUAUGUGGUGUCAUCAAGCCCCUCGGCUAGGGGUUCAGGACUGGACAGUGACUUUGGAGCCAGUGCAGGUGUAUCUCUGCGUAUCCUUUCUAUGGACAGUGAUGGUUUCCCAGGCUCUGCCUGGGCAUCCGCCCUGGAAUGGGAUUACUACGACCCAAGCUACGUCACUCAGAACCACGUCCCGAAGCACAGACCUCACGCACCCCCCAUCACUAUCAAACAGUACUGGGUCUAGAGCCUGAUGAACUCCAGAACAAGACUUAAUUCAGCCAUUCUCAUUCUAGAACUUCAGUUGAGCUGAGUCUAGUGCACUUAAUAUUCACUUGCUGUUUUAACUGCAACACAUCACAUAUUGUCAAAUCACAUGAAAAAAAAUUCUUCACGAUCACAGCUUACUUCUGCAGCAACUCCAAACAGGUUUGUUCUGUUUACAGAAAUGUGUUUAUAGAAUCACCCUACUACUUUCACUUUAGGUCACUUUGAUUGACACCGCAUUUGUUUUACACGUUGAGUUUCUCACUGUAUUGUAAUUUUUAUACGUUUGCACGUGAUUCUCAGCAUGGAGUUACUGAUGUCUUCAGAAGAGGCUGUUUGAGUACUUAAUUUUGACACACUACACAUUCUAUUUGUAAAGGAAAAAAAGUAUUUAGAUUGUGCCUGAAAUGAAUAAAGUUUUAAAAUACAGGAUCUCAUUUUAUUGCUGUGGACAUCUAAUGCAAUUAUUAAAAGAAAACUAAUGUAUCAAAAUAAUCGUAUUACUUAAGAUCAGUUUUCAUAUGCAUUAGGAUUUUAUAUAACAGAACGGCUGAUCUUGAGAUUAAAGUCUCAUAACUCUAUAAAACCAUGCAAGCUAAUAAAGACCAAAUA